AUGCAUGAGUCCGCCUACUUGUCCCUCAAACUCUGUCUUUGCCUUUACUAUGGUUUUAAACGUGUGAAAAGGGCCCGCAAAGAGGAUCUGACGGUUGUUCUAGGGUUGCACGACCGCAUAGCCAUGAACGACGGUACCGAGAAGAUCCUUACUGUCGAUCAAAUGAUCGUCCACGAAGCGUUCGGCAGCGACUACUUGCACGACACCGAAGACAUCGCCCUCAUACGCCUAAAAAUCCCCGUGCGCUUCAGCAACUUCAUCUCGCCCGUUUGCCUGGCUGAACCCAGUGUGUGAGGCCAAGAUGUUUAUGCGAACGAAAUAGCCUAUGUGACUGGCUGGGGAAGGACUCUUCAAGGUGGCAACCCUUCCCGCUACCUGAGGAAAGCGAAUGUGAAAGUGCUUUCGAUGGCUGCUUGCAGAAACACAACUAUUGGAGAACACAUCUUAGACUCCAUGAUUUGCGCUUACGAAUAUGAAACGGAUGCUUGUCAAGUAAGUUCAGCUACAUGUAGCAACAUGCAAAUUUCGACUGAGUCGGAGACAGCGGCGGCCCUCUUGUAUUCGAGCCUCGCCCAGGCAAAGUGGAACAGAUAGGCGUGGUGUCUUGGGGCAUCGGCUGCGCGAGGCCCGGGAUGCCUGGCGUGUACACCUUGGUGUCCUACUACCUGGACUGGAUCAGAGCACACACCACCGACGCAAUCUACUGUGGCUACAGGUAUGGAUAAAGAGCUGAAAAAUCAUCGUUGAAUUCAAGACGUCUCUCAAGGAUCGAAAUUAAAACACUGAGUGUCGUUACUAGCGAAACGUUCUUUAAUGAAUACAGAAGACCAAUCAACUGCAUUGCAAAAGUGCUAUCAAAAAUGACAGUCACGAUCUGCAGCACGGCUUUCAUUAGUUUGGUUAUUAUAAAAGACGUAUAUUUUGUUGAAAAUAUUUUUGUAAGAUUGUAUCAAAAUUUUGACAGUUAAAUAUCAGUAAUAAAACUCUUUCUCUGUUUGGGGG